UGCUGUGGUACACUCCUAUGUCAAACUGAGCGGGAGACGGACUGAACUAUUUCACCGGCGCUAAGGGGAGACACUCACUCGUGCACGUCUACAUGUCCGUUCAUUCAGAGCGUGAAAAUAAUUUUAAUUCUUGUGUUUUCUGAUUUUUAAACUGCAGUGUUUAUUAAAAUGGUAUUUUUGCUCUAAACUGAUAUGCAGAAAGGAGUAAAGAUGAAAUCUGAUCAGACCACAGAUGAUUUUACUCCAGGUGAUGUUGUGUUUGCGAAGAUGAAAGGUUAUCCUUUCUGGCCUGCCAGGAUUGCAGAAGGAAAAGCCCCCAAAAAUAAGAUCCCCAUCUUUUUUUAUGGGACACACUCAACAACGUUUCUAUUCCCCAAGGACAUCGUCCACUACUGGCCGAACAAGCAGAAAUAUGCCCAGGCCAACAAACGGGGCGGCUUCGAGGAGGGCAUGUGGGAGAUUGAGAAUGACCCGGGUGUGGGACUCAGAGGUCAAAAGAAAGCAGCGCUAGUGAAACGGCUGUCAGAGAGUCGACUAAAGUGGAAAAACAAGAAGAAGAAGAAAGCAGAAAAUCAGACUGAAGUGAAGAAACCCCCAAAAUCAGCUAAAGAUCCAGUGUCGAAUAGCGAUUCAAAAGCAGCGACGCCACAUAAGAGAGAAACAAAGUCUGAAUCUGUCACACUGAAAGAUGACAAGAACACCGAAACACGGCCGACACGCUCCAGAGAUUCAUCAGCGAAGACCAGCACAGAUAAAAGACGGACAGACAAAGUUGUGCCUGCCAGAAAAAUGACAUCGGUGAAGACGAUCACAACCGGGUGGAGACGUCUGCCAUCCAGCGUCAUAUUAGCAAGACGGAUGGAUGCAGCUAAGACUCUUUCUGCUCACAGGAAACACGUGCUGAAUAGGAAGAUCAUCUCCACGGCCAAGAAAAGGAUUGAUGCUGUUAAUCACAGAAAGCCCUCAAGAAUUACACGCUCGACUGCAGAUCCCAUCGAGGCCACUGAUGAUGUCACUGCGAAGCCGCUAGCUCUCAAACGCAAACGCAAGCAAAACGAUUCUGAAGUAAAGGGAGACGCUCCUAUUUCUAUUCCAGCGACAGACAUCUCUGCCUCUUCCACUCCGACAGGCUCGAAGAGAAGACGCCUCACAGAACCUGAGAAGAAGAGUAAGGAUGAUGAGAAAGAGCUGAAGGAGAAUGAGGCUCAAUCAAAGGAGAAAAAUGAAGUGGAGCAAAAGAUUGAGAAGCAGAAUGAGGUAGAGAAGAGCAAUGCUGACAAGAACAAGAUGAUGGAGAAGAAGAAUCAGGCUGAAAAGAUUGUUGCAGAAAAUGAGACCGAAAACAAAGGGGCAAAAAAGAAAGAGUCUGAAAAGAGUGAUGCAGAAAAGGAGAAGUCUGAAAAGAAAGAGACAAAAAAGAUUGAGACAGAAAGGAAAGAGGCAAGAAAUAGUGAAGCAGAAAGCAAAGAGCCAUGUAAGAACGAUUCUGAAAAGAAAGAGGCAGAAAGGAUAGAGACAAGAAAGAGUGAGUCUGAAGUUUUAGUGGCAAAAAAUAAAGAGUCUGAAAAGAGAGAGACACGAAAGAGCGAGUCUGAAAUGAAAGAGGCAAGAAAGAACGAGUCCAAAAAGCAAGAGGCCAGAAAGAGUGAGUCUGAAAAGAGAGAGACAAGAAAGAGCGAGUCUGAAAUGAAAGAGGCAAGAAAAAACGAGUCUGAAAUGAAAGAGGCCAGAAAGAGUGAGUCUGAAAAGAGAGAGACAAGAAAGAGCGAGUCUGAAAUGAUAGAGGCAAGAAAGAAUGAGUCUGAAAUGAAAGAGGCCAGAAAGAGUGAGUCUGAAAGGAGAGAGACUAAAAAUAGCGAGGCUGAAAUUAAAGAGGCAAGAAAGAACGAGUCCGAAAUAGAGGCAAUAAGAAGCAAUUCUGAAAAGAGAGAGACAAGAAAGAGUGAUUCUGAAAUGGAGGCAAAAAAUAACGAGUCUGAAAAGAGAGAGGCAGGAAAGAGCGAGUCUGAAAUGAAAGAGGCAAGAAAGAAUGAGUCAGAAAAGAAAGAGGCCAGAAAGAGAGAGACUAGAAAGAGCGAGUCUGAUAUGAAAGAGGCAAAAAGGAAAGAGACAAGAAAGAGCGAGUCUGAAAUUAAAGUGGCAAAAGAUAACGACUCUGAAAAGAGAGAGACAACAAAGAAUGAGUCUGAAAUAGAGGCAAAAAAUAAAGAGUCUGAAAAGAGAGAGGCAGGAAAGAGUGAGUCUGAAAUAAAAGAGGCAAGAAAGAACGAGUCAGAAAAGGAAGAGGCCAGAAAGCGAGAGACUAGAAAGAGCGAGUCUGAUAUGAAAGAGGCAAGAAAGAAUGAGUCUGAAAUUAAAGUGGCAAAAGAUAACGACUCUGAAAAGAGAGAGACAAGACAGAAUGAGUUUGAAAUAGAGACCAAAAAUAACGAGUCUGAAAAAAGAGAGACAAGAAAGAGCGAGUCUGAAAUGAAAGAGGCACGAAAGACAGACUCUGAAAUAAUAGAGGCCAAAAAGAAUGAGUCUGAAAAAGAGUCAAAGAGGGACGAGUCUGAGAAGAGAGAGACAAGAAAGAACGAGUCUGAAAUGAAAGAGGCCAGAAAGAAUGAGUCUGAAAAAAGGGCAAUAAGGAACGAGUCUGAGAAGAGAGAGACAAAGAGUCAGUCUGAAAUUAAAGAGUCUGAAAAGAGAGAGGCAAGAAAUAUCGAGUCCGAAAAGAAAGAGGCAAAAAAGAUUGAUUCUGAAAUGAAACAGGCAAGGAAGAACGAGUCCGAAAAGAAAGAAGCAAGAAAGAGUGAGUCUGAAAAGAAAGAGGCAGAGAGGGUCGAGACUAGAAAGACUGAGUCAGAAAAGAAAGAGGUAAGAAAGAGCGAGUCCGAAAAAAAAGAGGCAGAAAGGAAAUUGGAGAGAAAGAGUGAGUCCGAAAGGAAAGAGGCAAAGAAGAGUGAGUCAGAAAAUAAAGAGGCAAGAGGGAACGAGUCUGAAAAGAAAGGGGCAAGAAGGAGCGAGUCCGAAAAGAAAGAGGCAAGACAGAGCGAGUCUGAAAAGAAAGAGGCAAGACGGAGCGAGUCUGAAAAGAGAGAGAACAGAAGGAGCGAGUCUGAAAAGAAAGAGGCAAGAAGGAACGAGUCUGAAAAGAGAGAGACAAGGAGCGAGUCUGAAAAGAGAGAGACAAGAAGGAACGAGUCUGAAAAGAGAGAACCAAGAUGGAGGGAGUCUGAAAAGAAAGAGACAAGAAGGAGGGAGUCUGAAAAGAAAGAGACAAGAAGGAGCGAGUCUGAAAAGAAAGAGCCAAGGAGCGAGUCCAAAAAGAAAGAGGCAAGAAGAAGCGAGUCCGAAAAGAAAGAGGCAAGAAGGAGCGAGUUCGAAAAGAAAGAGGCAAGGAGGAGCGAGUUCGAAAAGAAAGAGGCAAGAAUGAGCGAGUCUGAUAAGAAAGAGGCAAAAAGGAACGAGUCUGAAAAGAAAGAGGCAAGGAGGAGCGAGUUCGAAAAGAAAGAGGCAAGGAGGAGCGAGUUCGAAAAGAAAGAGGCAAGAAUGAGCGAGUCUGAAAAGGCAAGAAGGAGCGAGUUCGAAAAGAAAGAGGCAAGAAGGAACGAGUCUGAAAAGAAAGAUGCAAGAAGGAACGAGUCUGAAAAGAAAGAGGCAAGAAGGAACGAGUCUGAAAAGAAAGAGGCAAGGAGCGAGUCCGAAAAGAAAGAGGCAAGAAGGAACGAGUCUGAAAAGAAUGAGGGAAGAAGGAACGAGUCUGAAAAGAAAGAGGAAAGGAGGAUCGAGUCUGAAAAGAAAGAGGCAAGAAAGAACAAGUCUGAAAAAGAGGCAAGAAGGAGUGACUCUGAACUGAAAGAGGCAAGAAGGAAAGAGUCUGAACUGAAAGAGGCAAGAAGGAACGAGUCUGAAAAGAAAGAGGAAAGGAGGAUCGAGUCUGAAAAGAAAGAGGCAAGAAAGAACAAGUCUGAAAAAGAGGCAAGAAGGAGUGACUCUGAACUGAAAGAGGCAAGAAGGAAAGAGUCUGAACUGAAAGAGGCAAGAAGGAACGAGUCUGUCAAGAGUGAUGCAGAAAAGGAUGCGGUGGAGAAAAACAAGGCAGAAAAGAACAAGUUGCCGGAGAAGAGGAAAGAGAUUAACGUAGAAGAACGGAGAGAGACGAUGACUAAACCCAAACAGACGAAGAGUUGCGCUCCUGUAUCCUCUGAUGAGACACAAGAGGAGAAGAAACCCAGAGAUGAAGAGAGGUGUAAGAUCCUGGCAGAGAAGAGGCAGAGUGUGCUGAAGUCUCUGCAGGGUUUGGUCACGUCCACCAGAGGGAAGACUCCGAGUGGCUCUGAGCAAACAACAGAGACUAAGGAGCCACGGAAAGAAAGGAACCACAGGCUGAAGCAACCAGCGGAGGACGAGAAGAAGGACACGGAGAAGAGGAAAGAACAGGAGAAGAGGAAUACUGAGCAGCAGAUUAGUAGCAGUAAAGAAGAAGAGCGCAGAGCUCAUUCUCUCUCCGUCACAGAUUCUCUGCUGUAUCGUCUCCAUGGUGACAUCAGGAUAUCAAUGACGCUAGAAAAUCCGGAUGUCAGUAAGUGUUUAUCUGCGCUGGAUGAGCUGAGCAACGUCCCCGUCUCAUCACGAAACAUCCAGAACCACAGCGAGCUCAUCGACACGCUCAGAAAGAUGCGCUGGUUUCGUGGCAGCGAGGCCAUCAUGUUUAAAGCCUCCAUGCUGUAUCACCGCUUUAAAAACAUCUACCUCAUCGGGGACGCAGACGAGACCCUGAGCCAGGAGUACAUCAACUCUCUGCAGCAGGAGAGAGAAAGAGAAAUAGAGGAGCGGCACAGAGAUGCAGUGCGGACCGAAGCUGACGUGAGGAAAACACCGGACUUCACUUCUUGUUUUUAACUCUUGCUGCGCUAUUAUUCUGGAAUAAGUCAUUUUAUCCAUCAUCUUCGUUUUAUCCGGCCGCUGAGGGUGUUAUUUAUUCACACUGAGAUGAAGAAGAGUGUUUCCAGCGCAGGGUUUUCAGACUUUUAAUGCGAUGACGUCAGUGUUUUUCAUCAUCACACAGGCAGUAAAACACACAUGAUGCACUAUAGAGCAGUUAUAUUUCUCACGUCUGCGUUAAUCCUGUCAGUUCAUUUCGAAGUGAAGGCGGCGUUACUGUUGUGAAGGUUGUUUUUAGGGUCUGAUCGAUGCGAGUGGAACUGACAGGAUAAAGACGUUCAGAUUUAUGCCCUUUCCCUUGUAUCACACAGCAUUAAAUCGCAUUAAUGGUCAGCAUAUAAAGCUUGGACAGACUUUAAGUGUGUGUUUUACAAUCAUUAUAGAUAAAACACUAUCAUUACAGUCCAAAGUAUUCAUGGCGAGUGUGCCGUUACCACUAAACAGUGUCUGAAAUACAGCGUUCCCUCUAACACACUUUAAAGGGGUGUUUUUAUUUUCUCUGUUCUGUUUGUAUGAUCAGGACCAUGUUAGGCAUUAAAGUUGUAUUGUGUGUGUGUGUGUGUGUGUGUAUGUGUGUGUGUGUGUGUGUGUGUGUGUAAACAAGGCAGCUAAAUCCUCAGUAUAUAGUGUACAGUGAGACUUUCUGAUCUGAACCGGUGCUAAUAACACACACCUGCUGUCUUUAACCCGAUCACACCUUCAGCCGUAACGCUUUCAUUCGCCCCAGGUUUGUAUGAUAGAGCACUUGCAUGUGCUUCUUGUGUUGAUAUGACGUGAAUUUGAUCUUGAUCAUAAUAAACUGAUCUUCAAACCAAA